GAAGGGAACGUCCAUGGGCGGAACCGGCGUCAGUCCUGGUGGCCGGAGUCUGGUUUCCGUUUCCUUCCAGCGUCCUGGGUAACGGGGGGCCUGGCGUGAAGGUGGAUUGUCCCGAGGCGAAGUCCAGAAGGACUGGCGAGUGGCUAAUGUUGUUCCUCUAUUUAAGGGAACAAGGGAAAAUCCUGGAAACUAUAGACUGGUUUAAUUAUGGACUGCAUAUUAGAUCAUGAUAUCAACUAGUCGCAGCAGAGACAUUGAGCGGCGAGCUGAAUACCUGCGAGCUGACCAGUGUGUCCCUCCCCCCUCCAGUGACAGCUCGAUGGAUAGGAUCUGGUUCAUCAAAGAUGGUUGUGGGCUGGCCUGUGUCAUUGUAACCUGGAUGCUGAUUUUCUAUGCAGAGUUUGUGGUGAUUUUUGUAAUGCUCAUCCCUGGAAAAGAUUUGGUGUACAGUAUCGUAAAUGGGAUUAUCUUCAAUGCACUGGCUUUCCUUGCCUUGGCUUCUCACUCUAGAGCCAUGCUGACAGAUCCUGGUGCAGUACCAAAAGGGAAUGCCACUAAAGAAUUCAUUGAAAGUUUACAACUGAAACCAGGUCAAGUGGUUUAUAAAUGUCCGAAAUGCUGCAGCAUCAAGCCAGAGAGAGCACACCAUUGCAGUGUAUGUAAAAGAUGUAUUCGAAAGAUGGAUCAUCAUUGUCCAUGGGUUAACAACUGUGUGGGAGAAAAUAACCAGAAGUACUUUGUAUUGUUUACAAUGUAUAUUGCUCUGAUAUCACUACAUGCUCUUAUCAUGGUUUGCUUCCACUUUCUGUAUUGUUUUGAAGAGGAAUGGCUGAAAUGCAGUUCAUUCUCACCACCAUCCACAGUAAUACUGCUCAUCCUUCUGUGCUUUGAGGGACUGCUCUUCCUUAUCUUCACUGCCGUGAUGUUUGGCACCCAAGUACAUUCUAUCUGCUCAGAUGAGACGGGCAUAGAACGUCUGAAAAAUGAAACACCCACCUGGGAGAAGACAUUGGGUUGGGAAGGAAUGAAAGCAGCAUUUGAUGGAAGCUUUUCGCUCGGAUGGUUCAACCCAUUCUCUGGCUUGCAGUGCAGGAAGACAGCUCAGACAGGCAACAGCACCCCUAUUGAAAGGAACAUGGAGGACAUGGCUGCUGAAGUCUUGACUGGGUAACCAUACUAGGGCCCAGGCAACCACUGAACUUGCUGAAGGGCUUCUACCUGACAUGAGGUUUUGUCAAUUUGAUGGAUGAAUUUCAAAAGAAAACUGAUCACCCAAACAGAUUACCAGAAUAGAACUUCACAGAAAUGUUACUUAGAAGAUGCAUAUUCUGUUUGUGAAAGUGUGUUUUAGUAUUAUUUAUAAUGGCAUUCAUUAAAAUGCCUUUUACUACACAAGAACAUGUUGUACAAUGAGACAUAAUACGAUGUGCCUUUCACGAGCCCAAAGUUUCCUCUACCAUGUAUGCCUGUCCUUGUAACGACCAGUGGUCACAUACUGACAAUCUGCCACAAAGCUGUGUACCUGGUUUUGACACAAGACACUCUGUCCUCCACUAAUCUCUUGUCUAACAGUAUUCAACCCUAAAGAAUAAUUGAUUUACACUCUGGUAGGGUUUGAGUCCCUCAGUGGUGGAUAAAAAACCGCAGGAUCCAGAUGGUGAAUUUUAAUAUUUGCUCUACUAUAAAGUGUUUCUUACCUAUAGGUUUUGCAUAACUCAAAAUUACAUUGGCACCUUGUAUAAAUGAAAAAAAAGUGUUUUUACUCUUAUAAAGAGUCUGUCAUAGAACAUUGUUCAUGCAAGUAUUCAAGGAUAAUCUUCUGUGGCUUGGAUGAAAAUACUUCAUUUGCUGACAUUAAUCAUUUCAGAUAUUCUCCAAUCAUUAAACAAGACAGAUUUUUAAAAUAUUUCAUGCAUAUUGCUACCUUAAAUC